GACCUUUCUCUUGGCUAAUAAAUUCGCAUGGUGACUCGCAUUCUUUUGUACUAUGAAAUUUAAAGUAAAAUUAAAGAGAUUUUAAGUUAGUAAAAGGACAUUUAGUGAAAACAGUGUGGCAAGGAACCAUUCCUGCAUCUCCGGACGUACUCAAAGGAGGAACCACUGAUCUAUCGAAGGAAGAAAUUGAUCAACGUGCAGGAGGAAGAGAAUCACAAAGAAAUCCAUCCUCGUGUCGCCCACCAGCAAAGAUCUUUCACACCUGAAGAAAUUUUUGGCCCAAUUCAAGCCAGAGGGCACAUUUAUUAAUUAGCUGCAUAUAAUUCCAGGUGCGCAUACACUGUGAAUGAUUAAAGCUUGAUGUGAUCUUUGCUAAUCUAUAUUGGAAAUAUUCUUCAGUAUAAAAGCAAGUAGACUAAACCUGGAAAUCAUCAGUUAUUUUUCCGGAACGAAAGUAAAUAAGUGUGGACGUAGGAAAAUGAAAGUCCCUGACUUCCUAACUAAAGAUGUUUUAGUUAAAAUCAUUGAGAAUGGAUACAAUUUUGUGGAUUUUACAAUUAAUAACGUUAAAGUGGAAAGUGGUGUACCAGAUGGUGAAAACUACUGCAGUAGGGUCUAUCGUGUCUUCGUGGAUGUGAUUGAUAGUGAGAAAAAUGUUGAACGAAUUCAAUUAUUCAUCAAAGAGCAACUAACCAAAGACACUAGUGAGGAAUUGUUGGAAAAUAUGGAGCUUUUUGUGAAAGAAAUUGACAUGCUUGAAAAUAUUUUGCCAAUGUUGUCUAAAAUCGCUGGUGGUGUACAAUUUGCUCCAAAGUUUUUCCAUUCCAUAUCUGAACCAAAAGUCAAAUUAAUUGCCUCCCAAGACCUAACAGAAAUAAAUUAUCACAUGGCUAAUCGACACAAUUCCCUCGACUACGAUCACUGUUGCAUUGCCCUGGCUAAAUUGGGCCAAAUGCACGCAGCAUCGAUGAUUUUGGCCAAAGAAAAUCCCUCACUUAUGGAUAAAUAUAAUUAUGGAAUUUUUCACGGAACUGUUGGCAAAAAAAGCUACAUUGAGAGUAUCCUAGGACCGAAUUUUCUAGUUCUGUGUGAUUCUGCCGAGAAGUGGGAGGGUUUUGAGGAGAUUUCUGCAAAAUUAAACAAGAUGAAGGAUAAUUUCUGGGCAAUUGUGUAUGAAAGUGACUUGGAUAAAAAUGACGGAUACAGGGUACUAACUCAUGGAGAUUUUUGGAUUAAUAACUUCCUUUUCAAGUACGAUGAAGUGACAGGAAAACCCAUUGACACAAUCUUUGUUGAUCUCACAUAUUCUCACUACACAUCGCCAGCAAAUGAUGUUCAGUAUUUCCUCAAUACAAGCCCAAAGAAUGAGAUUCGUGAAAGCCGCCGAGAAGAUCUUAUUCGUGUGUAUUAUGCCUCAUUUGAGCGAACACUGAGCGAUCUCAAUCAUCGCGUAAUACCAACUUUUGAUGAUCUUCUCGUGGAAAUGAGAAAGAAGGAAAUGUUCGGAUUCAUGUCAGCUAUCUUCAUACUACCCCUCGUCCUUAUGGAAAGACAAUCCCCCCUGGGUUAUGGCAUAGACGGUUUAGUUGAACCUGAGACAUCCAAGGAUAUGAUAAAUAUCAUGAUCACGGGGAAAAGCUACACAGAAACCAUAAAAUUAAUUUUGAAACGUGCCGACAAACUGAAACUCUUUGACUUUGAGUGAUUUUACUUUUAUCUUGAACCUGAAUAUGUUGUAUAGAGAAUAAUUAGGUAUAUGGUAUUGAGUAAAAAAAAUUAACGAUUGAGUAAUAAAUGUUUUUGUUGGA